AUGGUAUCUAACACCGCCGCCUGGAUCACUGCCCUAUCCACUCCCUUCGAGGUCAAGCCCGCUAUCCUCGGAACCCCAGGAGAAAACCAGAUCCUCAUCAAAAACCACGCCAUCGCCAUCAACCCCAUCGACGGCAAGAUCCAAUACACAGCCUUAUAUCCGCUGACCUUCCCAACAAUCCUCGGAGAAGACGUUGCCGGCGAAGUCGUCGCCACCGGACCCAGCGUGACACGCUUCAAGAAAGGCGACCGCGUCGCCGGGUUCGCCGUUGGCGCGUCCACCAAACGCGAGCAGGAGAUGGCGUUCCAAUCCCAUACCAUCCUGCAGACCAACAUGGCCAGCCCGAUCCCGGACAACAUCCCGUUCGCGAACGCGGUCGUGCUUGGGCUCGGUCUUUCAACUGCCGCCGACGCGCUCUUCAAUCCUGAGUUCCUCGCCCUCCAACUCCCGACCGCGCCGGCGCAGAAGGCCACCGGCAAGACGCUGUUGGUGUGGGGGGGCGCGUCGAGCGUUGGCAGCAAUGCGAUCCAGCUCGCGGUCGCGGCCGGCUACGAGGUUAUCACGACCGCGUCGCCGAAGAACUUCGAGUACGUCAAGAGGCUUGGAGCAGGCUCUGCUUUCGACUACAACAGCCCUACUGUCAUAACCGAUCUCGUAGACGCCUUCAGGGGCAGAUCCUCAGUCGGGGCUUUCGACGCCAUUGGCGCCGUUGCGUGGGCGCCCACGCUCGAAGUGGUUCGAAAUACGGACGGCGUCAAGGUCGUCGCUACUGUGGCCUGGGGAUUCCCGGAUCCCCCGGGCGGGAUAGUGAUGAAAAAGGUGUUUGCGCCCUCGUGCAAGGACAAUCAUGUUGGCAAGGCGGUGUGGGAGGAUUUCUUACCGGCGGCGCUGGAGGCUGGGUCGUUCGUUCCGGCGCCAGAGCCGUUGGUUGCGGGGAGGGGACUGGAGAGUUUGCAAGGAGCUGUAGAUAUGGUACGCAGGGGAGUUUCGGCUCGCAAGGUUGUGGUGUUGCUUUGA